AUAUAGAUGAGUGAAGUAAGUUGAGUUCACAUCUCUUAACUUAUCAGUUUGAACAAAUUCCAUAUUCCAAAUGUGUUUUAGGAGAGAAUUGCUUGACUUGAAGCGGCAUUCUUCUAAGAUGGACACUUUGGUUUCGAACAUCAACAGUACAUCAUGUUCUCCUGAGCCUCAGCACAUAUCACUUGCGGUGAUACUCUGUCUGGUCUACCUGCUGGGCCUCCUCCUCAACAGCUUUAGUCUAUGGGUCUUCACGUGUCGCAUUCGUAAAUGGAACUCUGGAACUGUUUUACAGUUUAACCUGGCUCUGUCUGAUGCUAUCAUUGCUCCAUUCACCCCACUGAUGGCAGUAUACUUUGUCAAUGAUAGCAAUUGGACAUUUGGAACAUUCACCUGCCAGCUGAAGAUUGCCGUGCUCAGUGUCCACUUCAAUGGCAGCGUCCUGUUUCUCACACUCAUUAGUGUUCAUCGCUAUAUGACUGUGGUGCACUUCAACUGUUCCACACUGCUGAAAAGGAAGUCUUUUGUGAAAAAACUGUGUGCUGGGAUUUGGUGUUUUCUGAUCGUAAAUGGCAUCAUCUACGGAUGGAAGCUUCCUGUAACCACUGAGGAAAACCAUAGGCAGUGUCUUACCAUCCAUCAGAAAAAGUUCACAGAUGAAUUCUUCAUUAUUAACUUUUUUACUUUAAUCUUUUGGUGUAUUCUACCCUUAACUGUGUCUGUGUUUUGCUAUAGUCGCCUGGCCAGCUCAGUGUCUCGUAUUAACAUAAGUUCUGCACAGGGCCAGUCAGUCAAGGCCAAGUCAAUGAGGAUGAUAGGCAUAUGUCUAGUCAUAUUUGGACUCUGCUUUCUUCCUCUUAAUGUUGUUCGGACCAUAGGAGUAGUUGUGAUAAAGUUUUACCCUAAGGAAUGCUGGCUUAUGUUGCAGUUGCAAACAGCAUAUUAUGCUUGUUAUAUAUUAGCAGGAAUCAACUGUUGCUUGGACCCCUUAAUCUACUUUUUUGGCUCACGUAAUUUUAUUAAAGCAUUCCGGAGAUCUCUCAGGGCAAUAAGAGUCAUACGGACUGUCAACAACAAAAGUGAAUCAGAAACAUUAAGUCAAACUGUAAACAGAAAUGUAAUCAAUACAGUGUCUUAGUUCAUUUUAAUUGCACUGUGCUUGUCUAUGUUCAGCAUAUAUUU